CAAGAAAAGCACAGCCCACCUCCCAUAAAUUUCAAACCUUAUUCUGAUCAUCUCUAUCUCUCUCUCUCUCUCCAGCCAAAUGGUAAUCAAAACCAAAUCUAGACAAGCUACAUAACAAACAAGCUUCAUGGAACUUCUCUGUAGAAUAUAGACAAGCUUUAGGCGGAUUGAAACCUACCAACAACCGAUUUCAAUAACACAACCUCCGCUCCCGGCCCUCUCACCCUAAAGUUCCCUAAGCCUAUGUGAUCUUUUCCUUGCUUUCCCAGCCAUAAACACGCAUCGUUUCCGUAUCUUCAAAUCCAGAUAAACCCAUGAAAGCUAUAAUCUGCACAAAUUCUUCCUUUAUACAUUUUUAAGUCUCUUGUCACUGCUGUUGUAGUUCCGAGUGUUAGAGGGAGUUGAAAGAUGAGAACAGGAGGAUACACCCUUCAACAAACUCUAACCGCAGACGCCGCGAGAGUGGUUAACCAAGCCGUAACCCUUGCUAGGCGUCGCGGCCAUGCCCAAGUGACUCCCCUCCAUGUGGCAAACACCUUGCUUGCAGCUUCCACUGGCCUAUUUAGAACGGCUUGCCUUCAAUCCCACUCUCACCCCCUCCAGUGCAAAGCCCUAGAGCUCUGCUUCAACGUUGCGCUUAACCGCCUCCCAGCCUCCAAUGCUAGCCCCAUGCUGGGCGCUCACUCCCAACAUCCUUCCAUCUCUAACGCCUUGGUUGCCGCCUUUAAACGAGCUCAGGCUCACCAGCGACGUGGGUCCAUUGAAAGCCAGCAGCAACCCCUCUUAGCAGUAAAAAUAGAAUUAGAGCAACUCAUAAUAUCCAUCUUAGAUGAUCCUAGUGUUAGUAGAGUCAUGAGAGAGGCUGGUUUCUCUAGUACCCAGGUGAAAAGCAAUGUAGAACAAGCUGUGUCGCUAGAAAUAUGUUCUCAGACUCCUUCCCUAAGUAGCAAGUCUAAGAAUAGCAAUCAAUUAGACCUCCGCCAGUCUCAACCUAUUGGUCAAAGUGGAACAAAAGUAGACAAACCAGUGGCAUCUGAUCCAAUUAGGAAUGACGACGUUAGAAGUGUCAUAGACAAUAUGAUGAACAAAAGAAGGAGAAGUACAGUGAUUGUAGGAGAGUGUCUUGCAAAUCUUGAGAACACAGUUAGAGGAGUGAUGGACAAGGUUGACAAGGGAGACGUUCCUGAAGUCUUGAGAGAGGUAAAAUUUAUACCCGUUACUCUAUCCUCUUUUGGGGAUCUUUCUAGAUUAGAUGUGGAACAGAAACUUGGAGAGCUUAAGAAUCUUGUGAAGAGCUGUUUGAGCAAAGGAGUUGUUUUGUUUGUGGGAGACCUUAAUUGGGCUACUGAUUAUAGGGCAACUUCGAGAGAGCAAGGGAGGGGUUAUUACUGUCCGGUGGAGCACAUGAUCAUGGAGCUUGGAAAAUUGGUUUGUGGGAAUAUUGGAGAGACUGGGAGGUUCUGGCUCAUGGGAAUUGCCACUUUCCAAACUUACAUGAGAUGUAAAUCAUCAGGUCAUCCAUCACUGGAGACUGUUUGGGAUCUUCAUCCUCUUACAAUCCCUGCAGGCAGCUUGCGCUUGAGUCUCAUCACUGACAGUGACCUACAAAGUCAGUCCACGAGCAAAAAAGCUGAAAAAGAAAAUAGCUGGCUACUGCUUGAAGGGGACGAGGAGCAGCAGCAGCUUGCCUGCUGCACAGAUUGCUCAGCAAAGUUUGACAUGGAAGCUCGAAGCUUGCAAAGCAGCACUUGUAACAGCGUCUCCACUACUUCAAGCCUUCCUGCAUGGCUCCAACAGUAUAAAAAUGAGAAAAAUGGACUUGGCUCUAAUGAUCAGAACUGUGUCCCAGUCAGAGACCUUUGCAAAAAGUGGAACUCAAUUUGCAGUUCAAUCCACAAUCAAACCUAUUCUUCUGCGAAGACCCUCACAUUCUCCUCCCUAUCUCCUUCUUCAUCCACUUCAGGUUUUUCACAUGACCAGACGUACCCUAAUUACUUGAACCAGAUCCACCAUGAGUGGCCGGUGGCUGAACCCAAGCAGUCUUGGAGGCAUCAUCAUUACUGGGUUUCUGAAAAUUAUAACAUGAGCGUUGAUCAACCAAGAUUGAGAAUGUACAUCCCUGAGAAAAAGGAUACUCAGGAACCAUCAAAUCAGAAUUCAGCCCCUAAUUCGCCUUCUUCCAGUGAUCUCAUGGAGACGGAGUACACCAACAGGUUCAAGGUACUUAAUGUAGAAAACCUAAACAUCCUAUGCAGCGCAUUGGAGAAAAAGGUUCCAUGGCAGAAAGAUAUCAUCCCCGAAAUUGCAAACACAAUUUUACAGUGCAGGUCCGGCUUGGUAAGAAGAAAAGGGGAGGUGAGAAACAAUGAGGCCAAAGAGGAAACGUGGUUGUUCUUUCAAGGUGUAGAUGUGGAAGCAAAAGAAAAGAUUGCUAGGGAAUUGGCUAAGCUUGUUUUUGGCUCUCAGAGCAGCCUCAUUUCAAUUUCCCUGAGCACAUUUUCAUCCACAAGAGCAGAUUCGACCGAGGAUUGCAAAAAUAAAAGAUCCAGAGAAGAACAAAGUUGCAGUUAUAUUGAAAGGUUCGCCGAGGCAGUGUCCACUAAUCCCCAUAGGGUUUUUCUAGUCGAAGACGUGGAGCAAGCCGACUAUCGCUCUCAAAUGGGUUUUAAGAGAGCUAUCGAAAGAGGAAGAAUUACCACUUCUGAUUGUGAAGAAGUUGGCCUUAGUGAUGCUAUCAUCAUUUUGAGUUGUGAAAGCUUCAGCUCAAGAUCCAGAGCCUGCUCCCCCCCUACUAGGCAAAAAUCAGAAGGGUGUGAAGAGAAGGGUACUGCUGCAAUAGUACUGGAGGAGACAAGCCCUUGUUUCUCUCUGGAUUUGAACAUUUCCUUUGAUGACGAUAACGCUGUUGAUCAGUCGAUCGAUGACAUUGGGCUCCUUGAUACUGUUGAUAAACUAAUUAUUUUCAAGAUUCAGGAAUUGUGAAAAGAAGAAAAGAAGGAAAAGGAAAACCUCUGGAAGAACAUUUAUGUUAGGUGGCCAGUUUCUUCUUCUAGCUAUUUUCAUUCUUUUUGUUUUUUGGGUUAUAUCUCAGUUUAACGUGUUUUAUUAGAUCAUUCUCAGUGAUUAUUUCCGACUGUCGAAAAUUAUGUAAAACUCCAUGUAUAUUAAUCCGUGCAUUUACUUCUA